GUAAUAAAAGAACGAUGGACGAGUUGAGAAAUAUAGCAAAGGACUACAUAGAAGAUGCCGAUGAAGAUCCUUCAUUCAUGGCUUUGGUGCUUGCAGUUUUCUGUUCCAUGAGCGAAAACGGAAACGGAUCAGUGACUUACGAGGGCUUCCAUUCGUACAUGUUGAUUUCUGGCUUUUCAAGAAUCAACCAUCGGAUCUUCUUCGAGCAACUGGAUCGGGAUGGAGACCAUAAGCUCGAUCUGCUGGAUGUCGCUACUUUCUGCUUAUUAUGCUUCGGAGGGAGGCCGAUAUGUGCAGGAUGCAGUAGCUUUGUCCCGGGAGACCAGUAUCUCACAUGCUUGGCCUGCUUCCUCGAUAGCAAUACCCCGUUCAAUCUCUGCCCUACCUGUCACUACAACAUCAGGCAGCACCUUGACCAUGACCACCUUGAUGACUACAUCGACAACUUUGCCAUGAUCGAAUUGUUGAGGUACAAGGCGAUCGCCACAAAAAAGCAUGUCACAAACGCAGAGAUGGAACCCUCUAUGUCCCGUGAAAUUGCCCAGAUCAACUCCGUCACUGGCUCAUCCACUGCAAUAGCUCCAGCCCGUGAACGACCUCAGAAGUUUCACUGGAGAGACGGAUUCACCCUGGCUCAGCUUGGGAUUGCUCUAGCGAAUGUUAUAAUCGCCAUCUGUAGCCUUCUCUGAGGUUUAUAUAUACAUGUACGAAUGACCAAACUUCAUAAGGUUCCAUUUUUUUUUGUUUAUGUUUGGUAAUAGU